AAGUUUCUCACAACAUUUCACAAUGAGUACUCUAGCAACACAAUUUACAAUAGUUGUGACACUGCUUCUAGUGUUCCUAAUUGAAAUAGAGGGAGAUCAUUCAGCUUCAAUUCCAAAUGAUGAAGUGAAUGCAAAUUUGAUCAAUAUUGUAGAUGACGAUGUUGGUGUGGAAGAAGAAUCACAUGAUUGCGGUACAAAACCAUGGAUAUGUAGCAGUGGAACAUUUCCACCAAGAAGCAUAUGUUGUGGAAAUCGAUGUGUUGAUAUUUCAAACGACAUAAACAAUUGUGGGAUGUGUGGUGUAAAUUGUCCACUUAAUUGGCAAUGUUGUAACCGUUUAUGUGUAAACACAAACUUAAGCCCUUUCAAUUGUGGUGGAUGUGGAAGGGUUUGUCCUAUUGGAAGUUUAUGUCGAUUUGGAAUGUGUGCUAUUACUUUUGCUUAUCCAGCCCCACCGCCACUACUUCCUCCAAUGGAGUAAUUUAUACUCAUAUUUUAAGAAUAUUAAUAAUUGUUGUUAUGUAAUUAUGAAAGUAUUGUAAUGUAUAUCAAUUAUAUUAAUGAAUUAUUUAAUGAUAAUACACUAGUAUUAUAUUAA